UAUAUCUUCUCAAGUUACCCAAGGUUUCUUGUCAAAGUCAGGUGUAGAAGUGUCAUUCCAGAAAAUGUUACAGAGUACAUAUAAUGAAGAGAGAAGUCACCAAUGCAAUGAAUCUCAGAAAAACUUUAACCAAGGGUCAAAUUCUAAUAACCAUCAGAGAGCUCAGCUUCCACAGAACAAGUAUAAAUUGCCUAAAGUCUUUGAAAAAAACUCAAAUAUUUUUAUACCUCAGGGUAUUCAUACUGUAGAGAAGACAGAAAGUUUUAGUGAAUGUGCCAAGUCUUCCAACCAAUCGUCAAAUCUUACUGAACAUAAAAGUACUCAUAUUGAGGAGGAGUCUCUCCCAUGUAAUCACUACGUGAAAGUGUUUAGUCAGUCCUCUAAGUUAAAUAUACAUAAGGAAAUCCAUACUGCAGAGAAGCCUUACAAAUGCAAAGAAUGUGAUAAAGCCUUUAAGUGGCAGGCAAAUGUUAUUUCACAUCAGAGAAUUCAUACUGGAGAAAAGCCUUAUAAAUGUAGAGAAUGUGGCAAAGCUUUUAUCCAGAGCUCAUAUCUUACUCGGCAUCAGAUAAUUCAUUCUGGAGAGAAGCCUUAUAAAUGUACUGAAUGUGGCAAAGCUUUUAGCCACUGUUCAAACCUUAGCCAUCAUCAGAGAAUUCAUACUGGACUAAAGCCUUAUAAAUGUAGAGAAUGUGGUAAAACCUUUAUCCGAAGCUCAAGUCUUACUCGGCAUCAGAUUAUUCAUUCUGGAGAGAAGCCUUAUAAAUGCAGAGAAUGUGGCAAAACUUUUAUCCAGAGCUCACAUCUUACUCGACAUCAGAUAAUUCAUUCUGGAGAGAAGCCUUAUAAAUGUACUGAAUGUGGCAAAGCUUUUAGCCACUGUUCAAACCUUACCGAUCAUCAGAGAAUUCAUACUGGAGAGAAGCCUUAUAAAUGUAGAGAAUGUGGUAAAACCUUUAUCCGGAGGUCAAAUCUUACUCAACAUCAGAAAAUUCAUUCUGGAGAGAAGCCUUAUACAUGUAGAGAAUGUGGUAAAGCCUUUAACCAGGGCUCACAACUUGCUAAACAUCAGAAAAUUCAUUCUGGAGAGAAGCCUUAUAAAUGUGGAGAAUGUGGCAAAACCUUUACCCGGGGCUCACAUCUUACUCAACAUCAGAAUAUUCAUUCUGGAGAGAAACCCUAUAAAUGUACAGAAUGUGGCAAAGUCUUUAGCUGGUAUUCAGCCUUUUCCAAACAUCAGAGAAAUCACUCAGGACACAAACUCUUAUAAAUGUGCAGAUGUCAAAAUGCCUUCACAUCAUAUUUAAACAUUUAUAGCAUCAGAGGACUCAACUAGAGAGAAGCCUUAGAAACACAGAAUGUGGCAAAGCCUUUACCCACUGCUCAAAUCUUACCAAAUAUAUGAGAAUGCGUACCUGAGAGAAGCUUUACAAAUGUGAAGAGUAUGACAGAGCCUUUAACCUCGCUAUUGCUGUACUCAAUAUUGGGAAAUUUAUAGCAAAUAGAAGCUAUAUAAUAAAAGCCUAAGCAACCCUUACAGCAGAACAACCAGAAUGAUUUGACCACCAGGGGGCCAAUGCUCAACACAGGAGCUGCUCCUUGGUGGUCAGUGCGCUCCCACACGGGGAGUGCUGCUCAGCCAGAAGUCGGGCUCACGGCUGACGAGCACAGUGGCAGUGGCAGGAGCCUCUCUUGCCUCCAAGGCAGUGCUAAGGAGCAGCAAGCGAUGUGGUAAAGAGCAGCGAGCAGGCAGGCAGGAGCUGCAAAGGGUCCCAGACUGCAGGAGGGAUGUCCUGCUGUUGGCUUAGGCCUGUUCCCCACAGAGAGCAGGCCUAAGCCAGCAGGUGGACAUCCCCUGAGGGGUUCUGGACUGUGAGAGGGCACUGGCCGGGCUUAGGGGACCCCCCCACUCCAGUGCACAAAUUCUGUGCACCGGGCCACUAGUAUAAAUAUAAAGAAUAUGGAAAAACUUCCAACCAUUGCCUAAACCUCACUGAAUAUCAUACCAGAGAGAAACCUUACAAUGGAGAGAAUUUGAUAACACCUUUACCCAGUGUUGAAACCUUAAUCAGUAUCACAUAAUUUAUUCUUUACUGAAAGAAUACAAAUAUAAACAAUCUGGCAAAACCUUUAACCAUUACUCAAGCUCCAAUUUACUUUAGAACAAUGGUUGCCAAGCUUUCAGACCUCAUGGACCACCAGUGGUCUGCAGACCGCCAGUUGGCGACCCCUGCUGCAAAGGUUUCCUUAAACCAGCUGUCGCCAACCUUUCAGACCUCAUGAACCACCAGUGGUCUGUGUACCACCGGUUCGCGACGGUUGCUUUAAAAAUUUAUAGUGGAGAGAUGCCAUACAAAUAUCAAAAGUUCAGCAGAUUGUUUUCAGCAUUUACUGUUGCAUCUUAACUGGCACAUGAGUAUUUUUACUGGAGAAAAACUUAAAAUGUUAAAUAAUAUGCAAACCCUAUACAUGGACCUACAAUCUUUCUGCAUAUCAGAGAAUGCAUACUCGUGAGAAAUUCUACUUUUGUAAUAAAUUAUAAAAAAUCUUUCCUCAAAAUACAUACACUGGGGCCUUGACUUACGAAUGUCCCGACUAACAAGUUUUUUGAGAUACCAGCUGUCUCUGCCGAUUUUUUGCAUUAAGUUGAUAAUUUGAGUUAAUGAGCUCCGUAAGGAGCUCGGUCUCCGAACGAAUUAAACUCAUAAGUCAAGGCCCCACUGUAUUUCAGAAAACCCCAGUAUUUCAAGCAUUUGUACUUGAAAGUAGUAAGUCAGUAACACUUUUCAAAUAUGAGUUUAAAUCAGAAUACAUAUUUUAAAGACUCUAGUAAGGAAAGUUAGAUGAUUUUUUAGUAUAAAUCAAAAUACCGCCCUAACUGGUUUGGCUCAGUGGAUAGAACGCCAGCCUGUGGACUCAAGGGUCCCAGGUUGGAUUCUGGUCAAGGGCAUGUACCUUGGUUAUGGGCACAUCCCCAGUAGGGAGUGUGCAGGAGGCAGCUGAUUGAUGUUUCUCUCUCAUCCAUCUUUCUAACUCUUUAUCCCUCUCCCUUCCUCUCUGUAAAAAAUCAAUAAAAUAUAUUAAAAUCAAAAUAAAUCAAAAUACCAAGGGGAUGAAUAUUAGGACAAAUGUAAUUGUCUCCACUGAAUCCUUUUUUAUUGCAACAGUUAUUUGUGGCUUU